CAGGCGCUGCGCCGGGAUGGAAACGGAAGGGUUCGAGUAGUCAAUUAUAACUCAAGAUGCGGACUGUCUGAUAAAGAUGACGUCCGAAUCACUCGCCCGGCGAGCCGACGCCGCUCGGGGGACACCCAGUCCUGAUGAGAAGGGGCCAUGGCGGCCUGUCGGUGCUCGAAACCGGUUCCGCCUGGACUCGCAGAGCUCGCGCCACAGAGGCAACGCCCCUGAGAAUCUUCUCGUCGACCUGAGUCAUGAACGAAGCGAGGGGUUUCUGUGGCGUGUACUUCCCUUGGCGGCGUUGAAGCUGAGUUCGGUCGAGGGGUCCAAGGUGAGCUUGUGGUUCUACUGCUUCGACUGAGUCGGUUAGACAGCUCAAAUGAAAAAAAGGCCCAUUCACUUGAGGUCAUCCUAUAUGCGGUCAAGAGA